CUUUUAUUGUGAAACCUCCAGGCGGAAGUGGUGGUUUUCUGCUGUCAAGAAGGAAAACAAUCAGAACCACGUCAUUUGAUAUUUGGUCACAAGACAAAAAUGGCCUCGAGCACAAGCGGUGAGGAGGAGCGUAGCCUCCGAGAGUGCGAGCAGUAUGUCCAGAAGCACAACAUCCAGAAGCUGCUCAAGGACUGCAUCAUCCAGCUGUGCACCACCCGGCCCGACCGGCCCCUGGCCUUCCUCAGAGAUCACUUCGACAGACUGGAGAAGCAGGAGGAGGUCCAGCAGAUGUCUUCUCAGAGGAAGUCGAGCUCACGGUCAGACUCACGCGAGGACGAAGUGUCCCCGCCCAUGAACCCUGUGGUGAGGGGCCGGAACCGGAGAGGAGCCAUCAGUGCCGAGGUGUACACUGAGGAGGACGCCGCCUCCUAUGUCAGAAAGGUUAUCCCAAAAGACUACAAGAGCAUGGCGUCGCUGUCUAAAGCCAUGGAGAAGAAUGUGCUGUUUGCACACCUGGACGACAAUGAGAGGAGUGACAUUUUUGACGCCAUGUUUUCUGUCAACUACAUUGCUGGAGAAACAGUCAUCCAACAAGGUGACGAGGGGGACAACUUCUAUGUUAUCGACCAGGGAGACAUGGAUAUAUAUGUGAACAAUGAAUGGGUGACCAGCAUUGGGGAGGGGGGCAGCUUUGGGGAACUGGCUCUGAUCUACGGGACCCCUCGAGCAGCUUCAGUCCGGGCCAAGUCUGACGUCAAAUUGUGGGGCAUCGACAGAGACAGCUACAGGAGAAUACUGAUGGGAAGCACUUUGAGAAAGCGCAAAAUGUAUGAGGAGUUCCUCAGCAAGGUGUCCAUUCUAGAGUCUCUGGAUAAGUGGGAGCGUCUGAUGGUGGCCGAUGCGUUGGAGACUGUGCAUUUUGAGGACAGCCAGAAAAUAGUGGUGCAGGGUCAGCCUGGGGAUGAGUUCUUCAUCAUUCUGGAGGGUACAGCUGCGGUGCUGCAGAGGCGCUCCGAGGACGAGGAGUUUGUGGAGGUCGGCAGACUGGGACCCUCAGACUACUUUGGUGAGAUCGCCCUGCUGAUGAACCGGCCCCGGGCUGCCACUGUUGUUGCAUUGGGCCCCCUCAAGUGUGUUAAACUGGACCGGCCCCGGUUUGAGCGAGUGCUCGGCCCCUGCUCUGACAUCCUGAAGAGAAACAUUGAGCAGUACAACAGCUUUGUUUCCCUCUCUGUCUGAGUGACCACCUUUCUCUCCUGCAGGGUCUAACAUACAUCUGCUUCAUUUUCCCACUUCUCUCUUCAUAUGGUACCACCCACAUAACAGGACUUCAAUACGUCUGACACUCCUUUAUUUGAUUUAUUUUUGUAGAUGUACUCAGAUGUCAUUGGUUUCCGAAUGAAGGGAAGACCGUCAUCCCCUUAAGUUGUAAAUAACCACAUAGGUAUUUUGUUCACUUUGAAGGUGUGGUUGGGAUGAAAUAUUACUGUGUGCAUGACUGACUGUGUGUUCACACUGCUCACUGAGAGUUCAGAGGUCUGUUACAGGUUCUAGAAGUACAGGGAGCUCGCCAUAAAUGGACAUCAAGGAUCAAAUGUAGUCUAUAUUCUAGUUGCCAGCCUUGUGAACCUGGAAAUGUAGAGUAUGUAUCCUCAGCACAAAGAAACUGCUGGAUGCUAAGGUGCAUUCAAAGUUGCAUUCAAUAGCUAUUUCACAUUUUUGGUUUUGGAGGUUAAUGAGGAUGUUGAAUCAAUUUCCGACAUUUUCGGGAUCAAAAAUGGCAGUUUUAGUCCCCUAAAGAUUUAAAAGGUACCCAACAUUCUUAAAAUUCCCCCCGGGAGUACUAAUAUGGCCACUUUCUGGUUAAAUUGCCAUUUUUGAUCCUGGAAAUGUCAGAAUGUUCAGCAUCCUCAAUAACCUCCAAAAUCACUCCCAAAUCGUCAAAGCCGUUUUUAAACUCUUGUCUGCAAAUGCUUAUCAAUGCUAAUUUAAGCAAAUUAUAAUAAUUGUGCAAACUGCCCAAAGUUGAUAUGCAGGUUCGCAUUCGGCAGUUUCUAUGUGCUGGGGACCCUACUAUACAUUUCUAACGUAAAACUUUGGGGUUCUCAACUUUUCAGGGUUUGCUAUUGCAUAUGCAAUAGCUGAUGUAAAUAUAUGAGUCAAAUUUAAGACGGGAUAGAAAAGGUUGCAUAGAAAUACAGUAUGAGAGAAUAGAUAUGUUCCACGGUUUGAUGUGGUGAACAAUGAUAGUUCCUCAGUAUCAGGUUACAAAUGUUGAACGUGUGAAUGCACAGUUAGUUGCUUCAUCCAGACAUCUCCAGUGUUCAUGAAGAGGCUUUAUGUUUGUGACGGGGAAUGCCAAAAGGUUCACUUUGUUUGCUCAUUGUUGAGAUGUUUUUAGCCAUGUUAGCAUCUGGGUUCAGCCCGUGUUGGUUAGCUGCUUUGGUCUGGACUGAAAUAUCAUGUCCCACUCAGGAUGAUUUGACAUCCUUUUGGAGAUCUGCUGACAUUGCUUUAGCACCACUCUCAGCAUUUUAAUUGAAUCAAUACUUUGAUCCAACCAAAUGCCCUAAACCUCAGCUCCUGUGCUAAUAAGCAAAUAGGACAUGUUAGCAUGUUGUUUCUAUUCAGCUCAAAGCACCACUGUGCCCAGGAUGGUCUCAGAGCCAGCGCGGCUUCAGUCUCCUGUGUAUUCUUUUAUUUUCUUCCUUCUUUUGAUCUGGCUCUGAUGUGGACACGCUUUUGUUUAAGGGUUGCCUUGACAUUAAGAUACUUCGAUUUCCUGCAUAUCGUCACACAGUUUGACUGAAGUACCAGCAGUAAACCUACAGCAUCCAAAUCAUUUCACAUUCUCUUCCACCAUCGCUUAUUUUAAAUGAGCUUUUAAUUCAAACUUCUCCAUUUCAUCUUCAUUUUUACGUAUUAAUAAAAAAAAGUCAUUUUCACUAUCAUUUUACAUUUUCUUUAUAAUCCUUUACAUUUUAAAAUGUUAUAUUCGGCAGUGUAAGGUACUGCAAAUACCUAACACACUUAAAUAUCCUGGUUUCCCGUUAUCUCCCUUGAUCAUAUAAUAUUUACAGCUCUGCUACAAAUCUAUAUAUUGAGAGUAAAUAUCUUCUUUUUUUUUACAAAACUAUAUAAUCAAAGAGACAAAUGUGUAUAUGCUCUUGAGUUCACUGUGAAGUGCACUUCUGUCAUGCUUAGACAAGGAAAAAGCCAAACAAAAUGUUUUCUGCAGUAAGUAUGGAAAAUACAGCUGGUCCUGAACACUGAGCAUUUCCAUACUUGCUUUUUUUAGGCAGAGGCAGAUCCAUCUUGACUCUUUGACCCAAACAUAUGUCAUGCUCCCAAAAACACUGGAUCCUACAUUUGCUAUAAAAACAAUCAGUAUCAUCACUUGUUAAAAGUCCCACAGCCUUUCACAGAAACCCCUACUGUAAAGCAUUGGAGUUGUUAAAUGUUGUGAGGCAGCCCUUCACUCAGAAGCUCUGGUAAAGAUGGAAGAGGAGGAGGAGGAUUUGAUGCUAAUUUUAGUACUUUUACAGGCCCGUCUUACAGUUAACAAAUCUACAGGUGUGUCCCUUGUUACACGUGUGUGUUUGGAGGUACAGUAUGCAAGUCAAAGUGUCAAACAGUCCCUGUCUAACAUGCUGGUCAUUCUGUCCCCUCUUCUCUCAGGUGGAGACAGUCCUUAUUUUGAGCUUGCAGUUUAUUGAUGUGUUUGAUAUAUAUUUUUGUAUAAAACACCAGUGUUAAAUGUCUCUGAACUUUUAUGUUGAUCAAAUAUGUCUUGAGAGUGUUGCACCAAUAUGUAAAGUAGUGUCAUUUUGACUUGGUACUGUAUUAUCAUUAUUAUCAUCUAUGUUUUCUGACUUUAAAGUACUUCUGACUCACUCACAGAUGGGAAACUAAAAGAUCCAAAGCUGAUGAGUGAGUGGAGCGGGAGUUUUGGUACAGCCCACUGCUCCUCUGCAGAUCUCUUCAGAGGAGCAUCCUUCCUGUCGUUUUGGUGCCUUUCUUCAGAUUGACUGGAGUGAUUGUGCUUCAAUGUCUGUGUUUUGGAUUCUUCUGUAGGCUGUAUUUACAGCGGUUCAAGCAAUAAAGAGAUCAGAUUUGAAUGUUGCCUAAUCUCUUGACCCAUAGAGAGCCCUGACCACAUUUAGUUUCAACAUGUUUUAUUUUCUAAUAUCUUUACAUUGUUUAUGUCCUGCAAUGCUUAUAAUGUCCUUAUAUGAGUUGUUAAAUGUUGUGAGGCAGCCCUUCACUCAGAAGCUCUGGUAAAGAUGGAAGAGGAGGAGGAGGAGGAUUUGAUGCUAAUUUUAGUACUUUUACAGGCCCGUCUUACAGUUAACAAAUCUACAGUACAUUUACUUUUCUGUAUUUCCAUUGCAUUCUUUCUUGUUCAACGACUGUAAAACUAAGAUAAAAAUGUACUUUGUAUCUCGA